UCACCACCGUCACACACAUACACACACACAUACACACUCAGUGAGGAGGAGACACCGACGUAGAGAGCAGCUUUCGGUGACGGUACACAGUGUUUUUCUUAGAUAAUUACCUAAACAUCUUCAGGUGCUGAGCUUGACUUGAAUACAGCUCCGACAGCGGCGCGUGCUGACGGUUGGAACCAGCGUUUUUGAUUUUGUUUGAGAAGAACGGACAGCCAACGGUCACACAACGACAAGUUCAGUUAGAAAGACCCAAAAUGACACGUACAGACGGCUGGACGAAGUUUUUAUCCGCCCUCUCCUUUGUCUGACUUGAAUUUUCUACUUUAAAACUUACUGUUUGUCCCUCCGGUAUCGCAUGAAAUUGAACUUCACCUCCAAAAGUGGAUGUGAUCAUCAGCAGUCAGGUUUUGUUAUCCAUGCGUGGGGAGCAGCCCAUGGACCUAAGUGUGACCCAGAGGUUAUUACAUCCAGGCUCGGAUUCGGCCAUGCUGGCCCCCCGACCUCCCUUCUUCCUGGGACCCCUCACACCUCAGCAUUGCUCCCAGUUUUCCCAACAGCGCUUGCAGUAUAACAUGGAACAAAGGCCAAGAGAGAUGGAGGAGGAGAAAAGAGAGGAGCUACAGCAGCUGAUACGAAAGAAUAAAAAUGAGCAGAGUGCUGUAGCCAGUCCCCUGGUGAGGCAGAAACUUCGUGAACAUAUAAUUAUGAAGAGCCAGCCCUCCCAUGACAGGGUUACCCCCAACCACACCAGUCCUACAUCAGGAUACAGGCUACCGGUUCCUGACAUGUCCCCAAACCCUCAGCCUACACCCUGUGACCAGCGCAAGGACCUCGCCCUGCGCAGGACAGUCUCUGAGCCCACUCUGAAAUGGAAAUUAAAGAAGCUCAUCAGUGCAAGGCCGAACCCGCUGCAGCGUAAGAUCAGUGCCCCUCCUGCUGUCAAGCACAGGACAGAAACUCUGGACUCCUCCCCCAGCAGCAGCAGCACCCCAGCAUCAGGGUGCAGCUCACCAAAUGACAGCCUCCAUUCAGAUAAUGGGACCCUCCCACUGGCUCAUGAGGCACAGAGGUUGCUGCUGAAAGAUGGUAGUUUGGCCCAUUUCACAAUGCCUCCCAACCCCACUGCCAUGCCCAACAUCACUGCUGGACUUCCUGCACAGGCUGACCUGCGAGUAGCGAGGCCAUUGGCUCUAUCUGCUCUGCAUCAGGUCUACUUGCCUCUGGAAGGAAGUAGUCCAGCCCUGGCCCAGCGCCUGCAGCCUGUGCUCAUACUGGAACCACAUACUGGACUGGUGCACCCCCAGCUUGUCUCUGUUCAUGGUUUGAGCUCCAUUCCUCUGCAGCAGCCGCCUCACCUGACUUCUGCUUCCAGAAGAGAAGGCGUAGGCAACUUACCCUCGCACAAACCUGUGGAGCGAACACGCUCAGAGCCAACGCCUUACAGUCACUCACCAUUUACUCUGCAUGCCAGCCAGCACUCACACCCUCAGCAUCAGCUGCUUCAACAAUACCACAAGAGUGGGCUGGAAAGGUUCAAGCAGAAUGCACACCUGAGCAAGCAAACAAGCAAGUCCAUUGAGAAGCCUCGUCUGACACAGAUCCCAUCGGAGGACAUGGACCUGGAGGAGAUUGGAUCGGGAUCAGGUUCUGGGUCAGGGUCUGUGUGCGGCUCAGAGUGUGAGGAUGGCUACCACAGGAGACAGAGCACUGCGAGCACAGACUCAGUUUACGGCACAGAGUCCACAACCUCCUCACGGGAGAGCUUGAUCGAGCCCUCACAUUCCCUCAGUCAGAGGCAGGUGAUCCUUAGACCGGGUCUCCCGCUGGACCCACCAAGUGUGCCUCCCCUAAUUUGGCCUCACCAGCCUCUGGUUCGGACCCGGUCCUCCCCAGCCUCCACCUCCCUGCCUCCUCCACAUCCCCCCACCACUAUACCCUCUCUGUCACUGUCCAGCCCUGCUGCAGAUGUUCAGCUCCGCUUCACCACAGGUCUGGUUUAUGAUGCUCAGAUGCAGAAGCACCAGUGUACCUGUGGGGACAAUAGCCGCCACCCUGAGCAUGCUGGGAGGGUCCAGAGCAUCUGGUCCAGACUGCAUGAAAGAGGCCUCAGGAACCAGUGUGAGCGCAUUCGCAGUAGGAAGGCCACUCUAGAGGAGCUACAGUCAGUCCAUUCAGAGAAACAUGUGCUUCUGUAUGGCACCAACCCUCUCAACCGCCUGAAGCUGGACAACCGCAAGCUGGCAGGAAUCUUAUCUCAACGGAUUUUUGUGAUGUUACCGUGUGGAGGAGUUGGGGUAGAUAUCGAUACAGUCUGGAAUGAACUCCACACAUCAGCAGCUUCUCGUAUCGCUGCAGGAUGUGUCACAGACCUGGCACUGAAAGUAGCACAAGGAGAGCUGAAGAAUGGCUUUGCAGUGGUGAGGCCCCCUGGACACCAUGCAACCCAGUCCACCCCUCAGGGCUUCUGUUUCUUCAACUCUGUGGCCAUAGCUGCCAAGCAGCUCCAAAACAAACUCAACGUCAGCAAGAUCCUCAUCGUGGACUGGGAUGUUCACCACGGCAAUGGCACCCAGGACGCUUUCUAUAACGACCCCAGUGUGCUGUACAUCUCUCUACAUCGCUAUGAUGAUGGCAACUUCUUUCCUGGUAGUGGACAUCCCAGUGAGGUGGGUGCACAUGCAGGUGAAGGCUUCAAUGUGAAUGUGGGAUGGACAGGAGGUUUGAACCCUCCCAUGGGAGAUGCUGAGUACCUGGCUGCAUUCAGAGCCGUGGUGAUGCCCAUUGCCCACGAGUUUUCCCCUGAUGUGGUGCUAGUGUCAGCUGGCUUUGAUGCUGUCGAAGGACAUUCGCCAUCACUGGGAGGCUACAAGGUUACAGCCAAGUGUUUUGGCUUCCUCACCCGUCAGCUCAUGUCACUGGCUGGGGGUCGGGUGGUGCUGGCUCUGGAGGGGGGGCAUGACCUCAAAGCCAUCUGUGAUGCUUCUGAAGCCUGCGUCAGCGCUUUGUUGGGCAUGGAGGUGGAGCCACUGUCCCAGUCCAUCUUGGACCAGAAGCCUUGUGAGAACGCUGUUCAAUCACUGCAGAGAGUCAUCCAAGUUCAGGGUGAGUACUGGCAGAGUGUGAAGGAUUCAGCCGCCACCGUGGAUCUCUCCUACCUGCAGGCCCAGAGACGACGGCUGAGACGAGACUCGGACAGCGAGGCUGUCAGCGCCAUUGCCUCACUGUCGAUGGGAUCCCUCAUGUCUGACAGAAAACAGCCAGAAAAACUGACACAAGGUGAUUCUCUCUGAAAAAAAGAGUCUCUUGACAGCUGCCUUCAACCAAGUCUCAGUGGACACACACACACAAACACACACACACACACACACACACACACACACACACACACACACACUCACACUCACACUCACACUCAGAGCUAUGCAUUUGGACCAUCAGUGGAACCAGAUGUCCUCUUCAGUUCAACCACUGUAUUCAUUGCUUCACAAAAACUCCUCCACCUGCAUUACUACUGGCUGCAGUCUGACCGCUCCUGAUUCAAACACACACACUGAGCAACAACGUUGGACAACCUGGACAUCAUUCAUAUUCUCAUGACACCUCCACAGACUCUCCCUGAAUUGGGGAUGUCACUCACUGAACUGAGAGACAGCUGAAAAGAAAGAAAAAACACCCGGAGGCAGAUUAAUGAAGAACGUUCACUCUUGUAGCAGCACAACGUAGCAUGAACACACAGCUCUACAUUCACCUUGUUAACGACUCCCACAAGACCUGCGCGUGACCACUCAGACCGCUGUAUCCUUGAAGCCGGGUGUCAAAGGUCACCCCAGCUUACCAGAGCCAAAACGCCCAGAGCGGAAGGAGUCGCCCCCGCAGGACGUGCCUGUGAAGGAAAGCAGACGCAUCCUCUGCACUUAAAACGCGUCCCGCUAUGAUGAUGUCAUUUGUCUGCAUCUGACAAUGAUCCAAUGAAGGAAAAGAUCCUCUCUGAUCGUUUUGCACUGUACCGUUCUCUAAUGUGAACUGGACAAAGACGGAGAAGACGGAUGUUGACAAUCAAACGUCUCCUUUGAUCAUAUUUUGAAUUUAUUUGAAUACUCAUUUGUUUGACCUAUGGCACACAUUUUUGUGAAUGUCAGCACGAGAUUUUUUUUUUUUUUUUAAGUUUAAGAAUCCAGUAAUCCAGAGUGAAGCUACAAUGAAGUCUGAGAUACAUAUGUUUCAUAUUGUUUUGUAUGUCCACAUACUUUCUUAAAUCUGUUUUUUUCUUCUUUCUUGGCCUGUCAGGCGAGCACAUGCAGCAAGGCUUUAGUUCGCUGCAGUUGUUAUUACGACUCCCGGACAGAUAAAAGAAGACACAUCAGUCUUUGACGAAGUGCGUCUUAAAAUGUACAGACAUACUGUAGUUUGUAUUGGUGGCAUUAGUCACAAUGAAGAGCUAAUACCUCUAGUCACUGGAGUAUCAAUAUCAGGGGAGAAAGUUAUCAUGCUGAAAGAGAUUCUUUACACGUCAGCAAAGACAGAAAUCACCCAUGAUGCCUCAGUGCAGCUUGACCACUCAGAAAUGAUUGUAUAUGUGACAAUGCAGAUCGUAUCUUUUUUUACGUCUUGGAUGAGACUUGCAUCCAAAGCCCCACAUACUUUAUGACAAUCACACACACGCAAAGUGCACUUACCCUCAGGAAAGGAGGGUCCUAAUGACUUGGGUCUUAAACUGCUGAACUUUGAUCAUAUUUGUUAAGUGGACCAGUGUUUCUACCUGUGGAUGAGCAUUCCUGCUGUAUUUUGUAAAUUUCGUUUAUACAUUUAUUUCUUUUGUAACAAGGAUAAAGCGAGCAUGUCCUUUGUUCGUCAUUUUAGUAGCGCCAUUCUGUUUAUUGUCAGUGUCUGGGAUGUUUUGCUCCCCCGGACCAAACAAGGACAUUUUAGCAGUUAGGAUGGAGCACAGUGCAAUUGGACACAGGUUAAGCGCAACCAAAGUUUAUGAGAACAAUGUGCCGUCCCUGGACUGGCAUGGCUUAAAGAACUUCAAAGACUUUGAAGAGUUUGUGAAUGUUUCUUUUUUCUAUCCAAACAGUUGAACAGCACCAAAAGCACAGGAUGGAUAUAUAAACAAAUUCAUUUCUCCAAAAAAAAAAAAAAAACCCUACACGAUUUCUAUUUAUACAUUCAGAUUCUGUUUUUGAAGUGCUCUUUGCAUGUCUAACACAAUUUUGACGGUGCUAUAGAUUAUUUUUUUAAUACCGUAUGUUUGCUCUUUUUCUUUCUUUCUUUAUGUUGCAUUGUGUAUGCAACUCAGAACCUGUCAGAUCUUUGUUAAUCUAAUGAAAAUGUGAAAACACAAGAUGGCGAGAGAAAACCGAGCAGUCUCAGCGCCGCAUCAUGAAGGACAGUCCCGACAGAGGAGCGUAACUUUACCUAGCUUUACCUAGCUUUACCUAGCUUUACGAGUAUGAUCAUGACAGCGACCUGACAUAUCUUGUGUCUUAUCUUUUGUCUUUUGUCUUCAGGCAAAAGACUUAUUUUUGUAUUUGAUCUUAAAAAUAAAUCCCAUGCGUUACUUAGAGACCAAAUUAUCAACCCAGUGCCUUGAAGUAUCAUGCUGACCAACCUGUGUGAAGGUAGCCUCAACAAACUGGAUCUUAAUUAAAACUGCAGGUCAAGUCCAGUUUUAUCAGAACUGACUGUCUGAUUAUUUUUUUUUUUUUUGUACAGUGUACAUAAUGACUUUAUUUUGUUUGUUAUCUGCCUUUUGUUUUUCUACUAUUUUUGUGUCAAAUAAAAAUCCUUAAUAAAGGUAAAUUAUAUACAUUUGAACAAUA